AUGCUCUGGGUGCAGGUCGUCAUUGGCGCCAUCUUGGCCCUCGCGCUUCUCGCCUCGGUGCGGUCGAUGCACCACCUGCGCCACCGCCCGCACCGCAUCAUGAGCUUCAAGUACCCUACGCCGUGGGCCUACUAUGUGCAUUUGGGCUUCCGCGUCGCCGUGGUCGGCCUCUAUAUCGCCGUGCUCGUCGUCGAGACGUGGCACCUCGGGACAAAGACCAUCGCGUACUACACGGUGUGGAACUUUCUUCUUCAGGGUAUCUACUAUCUCUGGGCCAUCAAGUACCAGCUCUCGACGUACGGGUCACGCAACGGACCGACCACGAUUUCGCGCAAAGGCGCCGCGCUCAACGGUCUUUUCGACAUUUGCUUUGCCAAUUCGCUGCUGGUCAUUCUCGUCUACUGGGGACUUCUCUACAACCCCAACAUGCGCUGGUACAGCUACAUCCAGCACGGUGGCAACACGCUCCUCUUCUUGAUCGAGUUUGCGCUCAACGGCUUCCUCACGCAGCGCACCAGCGUCGUCUUUAUCGCACUUUUUCCAGCAAUGUAUGCCAUCUUCAUCUGGAUCAGCAACGCGACGUGGCUGAACGGGUGGUGGCCCUACCGCUUUCUCACCAUGAGCUCGCCCGUCGCGCCGCUCUGGUACAUUGCCGUCUUUGUCGGUCACUUUGUCAUGUAUGGCGCCACGUAUGGCAUCUCGCUGCUCAAGGCCAAGCUGCUCCCGACAUGCUGCCCGGUCUUGGAGAAGAACGCUCUUCCGAUCGUGGCCACGGCCCAAGGUUUGACGAUCGUCUAGUUUUCCACGGGUGGCAUAUCUUUUUGCGCAUUUAACGCCUCUUUGUGAUUGGCUCGCGCGUUUUUAGAAGCGCCAAUCAAAGCGCAGGGUGACAUGAUAAGAUCG